CCCCCAAACAGUUUCUGUUGCCUGGAACCGAGAAUACAGAGUCGCAAGAUAGCAGCAACAUGAGAGAGUCUGCCGAUUAAAUUAUUGGCCCGAACCGAAUAUCCGAUUUGCUAUUUGACUUGAGUGUCAUUCAUCCGUCUACGCCCCGUCUUCUACAUAAUCACUAGCAACUACUGAGAUCACCGAACUUUUGAACCGCACUUUGAUAGUUGCAGGCCGGCAUGGCAACCUGCAUAUCUCUCAAGGGCUCGACGCAAUGUCCCGCCUGGAAUGGCUCAUCGAUAUCAACUAGCUCUAGUCUCUACACUGACUUCCCAUUCAUGCAGAACGUUACAAGCGUAAAACAAUUUGACCAAGAGUUGAGUGAUUACGUUAAAGGAUCUUACGUUACCCAAAAAUAUGUCGACUACCUGGGCUGCCAAGGGGCUAAUCUUACAGAUACUGAUGAUUUUUAUGCGCGCUAUACCGCUAGCAGCAUAUGCAGUGGGCUCGUUCAAAGUUCAAAAAAGGAUUGCGACCUAUCGGAUGAUGAGUCCAGGCCUCUCUGUGCUGAUACCUGUGCUUUGAUGGCUACAAGCGAAGCAACUAUUUUGCUUAAUCCUGAUCUUUGCCCCAAAAGAGCCGGUAAUUAUAUGAGCCAAGUCCGCUCUGACUUUACCGUGUGUGCUCUUCCCGCCGACUCACUAACCGUGACCUGCAUAUCGGGAGCUGACAACGAGUCCGACGAAUGUGGAUAUGGUUCGAAUCUCGUCGGCUUGUGUGGAUUUUGUGGGGCAAGCUCACCCAACUCCACUGAUUCCUGCUGCAUAAAUUCGAACGCUGCGACUCGAUGUAAAGAUGUGACUAUUCCCACGCCGUCAACGACAAUCCCACCGAUUUUCACUUCGACAUCUAGUCCGACUGCAGGAGCCUCAUCUGGGCAUCUCUCUGGAGGCCAAAUUGCGGGAGCUGUGAUUGGGGCCGUAGCUGGAGUUGCGCUUUUAGCGGCAUUAGCUGCACUGGCGUUGAUAUGCUGGAGACGAAAACGAAGGGCUCGGAAUGACAAUGUUUUGAACCAGCCAAACCCUCAGAGGAAGGGCUUCUCACCAAUGCAACCUAGCCCCAACCAGCAAGGCUUCGCACCGAUUCCAGGGGGGAGAGUAGCUAGGAUGUCUGCCCUGCGUGAGGCCCCAAGCUAUUCACCCGGACGCUCUCGUAACUCUGCUGCUAUUUUCGGUGGUGGAAAAUAUAGCGAAUCCUCUGAUUCAGACUACUACGGCGCGAGCCCCGGGGCUAUGUCUAAGAAGAUCCCCCCGACUGCAGGGAAGCGUACUGCCUCGCUUUCUAGCAAUUCGGCCCUGGCUGGUGCAGGUAGUGACGGGUCACCUCGCUCCGGCACAGGUGGUCAAUACUCAUCACCCGAUGGGAUGGCCAGUGGCCAGUCGGAGCAAUUAUCUUCAUUCCAUGAUUAUUAUUCCCAAGAUGACAUUCGCCCAGGAGACAAGGUUGCCGUGCUUUGGGCGUAUCAGCCGCGAGCGGGCGAUGAAUUCGCCCUGGACCGAGGGGAGAUGUUGAAGAUAGUUGGAAUUUGGGAUGAUGGUUGGGCGACAGGAAUCCGGGUCCCGGAGAGUGCGGAGGAUUAUGAUGCUAGACAUAGAGAACAGCGCGACAGCGGCGUAUCAAAUGGCUCCCACAGGCCGAUUGCUUCUCCUUCCCCAACUGGGGAAAUCAAAGCAUUCCCGUUGGUCUGUGUGUGCCUCCCCCAGCACUGGAGAAAGAUCAUCGAUGGAGGACAAGCAGAUGAUAACCUAUGAUAACCAGCAGCCCCUCAUUCAUGAGCCAAAAAAAGUACGAGGGUUUGAAGUUCUAAUGCCGGUUUAUGCUCUUACGAUAGCGCCUUUGUCAUUUUCUGUCCACAAUAUUCGCCGCCGCUGUUUGUUGGAUGUCGUGGCUUCAUGGAGGCUAGCGCCAGGGGGCACUGUCCUCGCUACCAUCAGGCCAUACUUUCUAAAGUCUUGAUCCUUUUCACUUUCCUUCUGCUCGGUUGCGGGCUAAUGCAUCGGGAUGCUUCCGCAACGACUUGAUAUGCUUCUUGUCCAUUCGUUCAUAUACCCCUUUACGACAAUGUUAUUUACUAUUCCAUUCUUAGGCUACUAUUUCAUCAUUCUCCCUCUACUCGGCUGUCCUCUGUCACAGGGCAAGGUGCAAUGUGCUAACUCUGAUCGGUUCAACCUGUGAACGAUCAUCGUCAUCGUCAGAGCCUGUCAUACUCAGCGCCGAGUAGGGCAGUGGGGUGCUUGUCAUAAUCGGGUCUUACAGUACAUACUAUUUGAUGUAUGCUUUCAUAUAUGCUGGAUUAUAGAGUAUGACUAGAAAUUUAAUUUCCCCCCUUGUGUUUGGAGCUGACUACCACUUUGACACGCAUGGGGUAGCAUUGGGAA